AUGAAUAAAGAAUCUCUUCCAGAAAAUAAAAACGAAUUUGUUCCAAACCAAGAACCAAUCAAGGAGCCAAAAGAUUUAUUCAAAGGAGUAUUCUACACUCUCAAGAUGAAAUACAAAUCUGCUGAUUUAGUUAAUGAUAAAAUUGUUGAAAUCACAUCAACAACAGGAGACACAACUAAUCUGAGCAGAAUAUUAGAUCCAAAUAAAAUAGAUUACUUUAUUACAUCAAUUAGCAAAAUUACUGAAAAUUCACCUGCAAUUAUUUUCCAUUUUAUGACAGAAAGAGUUUCGAAUCAGCUUAUACCAUAA